CGCGAGCAAAAAAAAACCUUGGAUCGAUUCCACCCAUGUCGCGACGGCUGAAGGGCUCGUUGCCAUGGCUUUGGGCCGUGCUCGUGUUUGGGGCCUGGCGGUCCCACAGGGCCUUCACGCCUUCUGCAAUCACAGAGUCAAAGGAGGACUGGCGUCGGGGUCCAGGAGUCCCUCCAGAGCAGCGCUGGAGCUUUUGGCCCGCGCUGCCCAUCGCACCCUACGAGCGGCGCUUGACCAAGCGCUAUGAGGUGCUCCCAGGCGAGUUAUGGACCUUUGAGCAGAAGCAGGGCAUUCUCUACAUCCAUGUGCCCAUCCGGAUGACGGUCUACCGAAUGACCACGCGCCGUGGGCUUUUGGUUUACGCGCCCGUGGCGCCCACGGAUGAAUGCCUCAGCUUGCUGCGAGAACUGGAGGUGUCCAAGGCCCUGAGUGAUGCCUUCAACUCGGAGGCCAAAGAUCUAGGCUGGGGCGGGCUCCUCCCGUGGCGCUUCCGCAAGGAUUGGAAGAAGUCUUUCGAUGCGCUCCGAGGCGGUGGUGGAGGGCUGUUUGUGGCGCCGAUUUUGUCGGAGCUGAUUCUGAACAGAGACUUUGUGGUGUCUGGCCCUUCGUCGAAGAGACGGCCAGUCGCUGGGCCGACAUGGAACGCAUCAUCCCAGCACACUUCGAUGCGCCCGUCUCCGCGACGGCUGAGGAUUGGCGAGCGGCCUUUGCGCGUGCCUUUGGCGAGCCAUCUGGCCUGCCCUUUUCGCAGGUCACCUUCGAUCCAUUGGAUUCGGGAGAAGCUCCGUUUUUUCUUCCGACCACCGAAGCAGGUCUUCAACUCUUUGCGCCUGGCCAAUACCAGGGUUUGCAGGCCAGGACAGCGCGGUCGCCGCUGGCCAAGCCGCUUUGAGGCCAACUAUUUGUCCUUCGCCACGCUGACCUCGUCGCCCAACUUCCUCAGUCGAGCAGAGGAGUUUGAGGCCUGCACGGGAGGCUCGAUUGUCUUCGCAGAGGCGCAGAACAUCUGGGAGGAUCCCAUCAAAGACAUGGGGACCAAGGAACAGAGAGGCAAUGACAUCUAUCACGCCUACUUCAUGAGCUAUUCACAUUUUCCAGAAGCCAGUGCGUUGGGGCUCGCGGAGAGCUUAGAGGAUCGCCUGGCGGCCUCCAACGCGGAACUCAAGUGGGAGACCACCUUCCCCAAGGUUCAGCAAAUGGGCAAGUACAGGACUGGCUCCAAAUCGCAACUGGAGUUCCUGAUGUACGACGGGGACUUCUUCGUGCCGGUGAUCCGCCUGGAUCUGCUGGAGAGAGAUCAGUUGCCGCUGCCCAACACCUGGCGGGAAGUCUUGGACUUGGCCCACAGAUACAAUGGCGCCGACCUGAAUGAGGACGGGCUCCCCGAUUUCGGCAUGUGCCACUUCCCGCGCGAAGGUGCCGGCUAUUUCGAUUGGUGGUGGCCGGAAUUGAUGUAUGCCAUUUGGGCGACCUACGCGCAGGUGGAGGACACCAGUCAAGGCUUCCUCUUCGAUCCUAAAACCUUGGAGCCGAAGCUGAAGGGUCCAGCCUUCCAGGCUGCCAUUGAUUUCAUGAAGGAGAUGUGGCAGGACGGAUCUGAAGGAUGCAUCAGCGAUUCCUUCAGCACAGGACGCUGUGCGAUCGGCUUCUCUCCACCCGGUUGCUGGAAAGGGAUCUUCCUGAAUGGUGUUGCGCGGCGAAGCAGCAACGGCACGGUGCUUUGGGAGCCCAAGAUGCUAGAUGGAAGCUAUGCAGAACCUUAUCGAUUUAAACCCUUCGGCACCACUCAAGUGGAGAAGGAUGGCAUCUUAGAGGAAUGCACACCUGCCAUGUGUCCCUUCGCCGAGACCAUCCCCCUGCGCGGUCAUCAUGGAAAUGACGACCGAGCACGGAUCUUGCCGGCCUCGCCCUUGGCUGGAAAGCUGAUCAAUCGUGCACCUUUCUUUUGGAGCGGAGGUCUGGGCAUUGUGAUCCGGAAAAGUGCGCCCAAGGAGCUCAAGGACAUGCUCUGGGACUGGAUGGUCUACACGAAACGCGUUGAGACGUCCGCUAAGGACGUGGCCUCCUAUGCCAGCUGGUUGGAUUCCUGGCGCUUCACGCAGCUGACACCGGACGGCCAAUACUUCCUCAACGCUGGUUGGUCCGAGGUGGCUUAUCAAGAGCAUCGAUCGAUCAUGCACUGGGCUCUGGGGACGGACUCGAAUGGCGCCUUCAAUCUUCGACUUCCAGGCGCCAAGACGUACACGAAGACUGUGUUGGCCAGCGCCAUGGAGCUCUACAUCUCUGGUGCAGUGCAGAGGGACGAAGUCUUGGAGCGUGUGGAGAACGGCUGGAUGGCGGAGACUCAACGACGAGGGAUUCUCGACCAGCUGGCCAUCUAUCGCGCAGCCUUGGGCCUGACGCCCAUGGAGGACCCCGAAUUGUGCCAGCUCCAUCGAGAAGCCAUGGAUCGUGUGGAUCCGGCGGUUUGUCGAAGGUUCGAUCCUGUUACCGAGUUUUACCUGAUCGCACUCAUCGCGCUCGGUAGCCUCCUUGUGGCGGGCACUCUUUGCUCCUGUGCGAUCUUCGUUUGGCACACCAACCAUGCCAAGAAGAAGCUUCUAAAGGAGAAAGAGGCGAACUUGGACAGCACCGUCACUCGAGGCUUGGCCACGGUGAGUGAGCUUGGCUAUCCGAUGGCGAUCAUCUCAGCGCAGGACUUCAUGAAGGUCACCAUGGAGGAGUUGGCAUCCUGUCACGAGGGCCUACGGGAUAUCGGCUACCUUCGGGUGCUCGACACCACGGAGGAGAUCAGCCAUUUUCACGACAUGGGAAAUGUCAUUGUUUUCUUCAGCUACCACUGGCCUUCAUGGGAGCGUCUGGGUCCAGACCUGCAGCAGAGGCAUGCGAUGGAUCACUCGUUGAAACUCUACUCAGAACAAGUUGGCCAUAGCAUGGAGUGCAUCUGGGUUUGGCUCGACAUCAUUUCCAUCCCGCAGAAGCAUCCGGGAAUUCAGUUGUUGGCCAUCAACUCCCUCUACGUCUAUGCCUACUCGGUUGAUGCACUCAUCAUCAUCGCUCCUCCCACCGUUCAAGAGCAGACUGGAGAAGCCUUAGGCUUGGAAAGCUAUAAGAACCGCGUUUGGACACGUGUGGAGCAAGUCGCACACUUAUUUGCCCAUGGCACCGAUUCACUCUACGUUUAUGAGCCCGAAGGCUUGAAAGGAGUCGAUGCGCAAUGGCUUGCGGAGGUGGUUCACGUCUUUGCGGGUCAGACCACCUGCUGCGAUCUGAGGCACGAGAACUUCGAUGUGUGCGAUCGAGAAUCCCUUGUGCUGCCCUUACUGGGGCUUUACUACAGGGUGGCCGCCGCCGAACGUCGUGGAGUGGAUCAAAACGAAGGUACAAAGACACUUUAUGACAUGAUUGAAGCAAAUCGGGAGAAGAUUUUCCCGCGAAGCUUCGAUUAUGCAUGCGUCAUCGAUGGACAGGAGGCGUUGAGGAAGAGAACUCUCUUUGGAGAUCUACUGGAACGUGUGGACAAGCACCUGGCACAAUUUGACGUCGCGACCAUUCACGAUCGGAUUCACCACCAGAGUUCCCUCGCCAGCUCCGCGAAGUCGCUCCGCGCUAGCCCUGGUGGCCGAUGCUAUGGCGGCGUGGGAUCUGCCACGUUGAGUUCCUUCGACGAUCACUCGCCACAGUCUCCGCAGGUUGGACCAAUGAGUCUGCUUCAGAUGGAGAUGUCCAUGUUGGAGCUUCCUGCACUGCAGGAGGUCACGGGCUCCAGCACCGAGGUUGAAGAGCAUCUUUGA